GGCGCGGCGCCCAGGGGCGUGAGGCGGGAGCGCGGGGGAGGCGGCGGGGUAAAGCCGGCGGCCGGCGGGGCCCUCGGGUCACUCCAGCCUGGGCGGCGGGCGGCGCGCACCAUGCCCUCCUUCGACGAGGCGCUGCAGAGGGCCGGCGAGUACGGGCGCUUCCAGUGGCGCGUGUUCCUGCUGCUGUGCCUGACGGGUGUCACCUUCGCCUUCCUCUUCGUCGCCGUGGUCUUCCUGGGCAGCCGGCCCGACCACUACUGGUGCCGCGGGCCGAGCGCCGCUGCCCUGGCCGAGCGCUGCGGCUGGAGCCCCGAGGAGGAGUGGAACCGCACGGCGCCCGAGCUCUGGGGCCACGGGCACUGCCAGCGCUUCCUCCUGGAGGCGGCCAAUGCCACCGCGCUCAGUUGCGCGGACCCGCUCGCCGCCUUCCCCAACCGCUCGGCGCCGCUGGUGCCGUGCAGGGGCGGCUGGCGCUACGCCCAGGCCCACUCCACCGUCAUCAGCGAGUUUGACCUCGUGUGCGUCAACGCUUGGAUGCUGGACCUCACACAAGCCAUCCUGAACCUGGGCUUCCUGGCCGGAGCAUUCACCUUAGGCUACGCAGCAGACAGGUACGGCCGAAUAGUCACUUACUUAAUAUCCUGUUUUGGUGUUGGUGUCACCGGCGUGGUGGUAGCAUUUGCACCAAACUUCCCUGUCUUCGUGGUCUUCCGCUUCUUGCAAGGCGUGUUCGGAAAGGGGACAUGGAUCACUUGCUACGUGAUUGUGACGGAAAUCGUUGGCUCAAAGCAAAGGAGGAUUGUGGGAAUCGUGAUUCAGAUGUUUUUCACCCUUGGAAUCAUAAUUCUCCCUGGAAUUGCCUACUUUAUCCCCAAUUGGCAGGGGCUCCAGCUGGCCAUAACGCUGCCCAACUUUCUCUUCCUCCUUUAUUACUGGGUGGUUCCCGAAUCUCCCCGCUGGCUGAUUACUCGGAAGAAAGGCGAUAAAGCGCUGAAAAUUCUGAGGAACAUUGCCAAGUGCAAUGGGAAAUAUCUCUCACCCAAUUACUCAGAGAUCACUGUUACAGAUGAGGAAGUUAGUAAUCCAUCCUUUUUAGAUCUGGUGAGAACUCCCCAAAUGAGGAAGUGCACACUUAUUCUUAUGUUUGCUUGGUUCACCAGUGCAUUGGUAUACCAAGGACUGGUCAUGCGCCUGGGCAUCGUAGGAGGCAACCUCUAUGUCGACUUCUUUAUCUCCGGGGUCGUGGAGCUGCCGGGAGCCCUUCUGAUCCUCCUGACCAUCGAGCGCAUUGGACGACGCCUUCCCUUUGCAGCCGGCAACCUUGUGGCAGGAGUGGCGUGCCUGGUCACGGCCUUCCUACCUGAGGGAAGCGCAUGGCUGAGGACCACGGUGGCCACCUUGGGGAGGCUGGGGAUAACCAUAGCCUUCGAAAUCGUUUAUUUGGUGAAUUCAGAGUUGUACCCAACGACAUUACGAAACUUUGGACUUUCACUCUGCUCGGGUUUAUGUGACUUUGGGGGGAUCAUAGCCCCGUUUCUGCUCUUCCGACUGGCCACCAUCUGGCUGGAACUGCCUCUGAUCAUCUUCGGUGUCCUGGCGUCGGUCUGCGGUGGCCUCGUGAUGCUGUUGCCUGAAACCAAGGGCAUCGCCUUGCCAGAGACAGUGGAUGAUGUAGAAAAACUUGGCAGCCCACAUUCCUAUAAAUGUGGCAGGAGAAAGAAAACCCCAGUUUCCAGCUCUCACCUUUGAGGCCUCCGCCAAAGACAAAAGGGAGGCGCCCCUUGGGCGAACCCCAAGGACCCGGAGUGCCCUGCAGAGACGCGUGUGUCCACUACUCCAGCUGUUUUCAAUACUCCACAAAGACAUGCACACCAUCCACGGUAGUUUUCGUAUGAUGUUGGAGAAGAGGGAUCUUUCUGACCUUGGAACAGUGCCUCUGACCCACCAGUUACAGAGAGACAAGAGAAACCCCCUUCCAAUCCCCCUGACAGCUCCAUCGGGAGCGCGGGAAAGUGCGCAGAACCGGAAUCCCCGAAGCUGACCGAGGAACCGAGGCUCUGGCCUGGGCAUUCAGAAGGCUCCUGGGAUGAUGAAAAUGAGGUAGUUCCUCAGGGAAGACCCGGGACAGGCAGGGCUGAGCCUUCGCGGAACCUUCUCACCUCGAGCUCCGGGAGCCCCGGCAGCAUUGGGGGUGCAGGCACGUUCAGGCCUCAUUCCACAGAUAAGCACAAAUCAGCUGAGGAAUUGAUUAUUACAAAGCUAGGUUGGGUCCCAAGAUGCCGGGGUGGGGGGUGGUUUUGGUCCUCACUGGGGGGACACUGGGAGCCACAUGUUCUUUAUUGAACAAAACCCAUGGGUUGUGAAUGAUUUCAUGAGCUGUAGGACUUUAACCAUAAAGGGAUAUUUAUCUUAUAUGUGUGAGUUCAGUUCUCUGACGGUGCCUGUGGUCAAGGGUGAAAAACAUGGACAGUUCUUCUUCCACCUGGACACUUGUUACUUGUUUCAGCAAGUAGCUUAUAUUUUAAUGUAAAAGAAAGGUCCCUUCUAUCCAUGCUUAGAAGAAUUAGCAGAGGCUUCAUAAGUGAUUAAUAUAAGAGACUUGAUCUUCCUUUUUUUGUUACUGAGACUUUGAAAUGUGGAGCUUAAAUACACACAUGCUAUCUUUUUCCGAGGUUCUGCCUCAGAUGUCUGCCUUCUUGCUUGGUAUACUUUCAGAUUCAGUAUCUACCUUAUGUAGAAUUUUUUAAGUGACAUCCUGCGUAGACAGGCCAAAUGGGCACCAAAGGGAAGUCUUGCCAACGGGGGAACUCUCUCUGUGAACACGUGAUGGGGUGUACAAGAUGUGUGCUGACUGCAAACUAAGCCCUUUCCUGCCCGAGGCACGUCGCAAGCGAACACAAGAGCCCUGCCUCCCAAUGGAGCAGACAUGGUGCUGCCCUCACUGUCCCCUCCUCCACUUGCUUUGCGUCUCUCUGUGCUGCAGGGGGACUGCCACCUUUCAAUUGUAUUUUGAGUUGAGACUUCGGUUUUGAGAACAAUAAAAACUUUAAGUUGUAAAGAACA